AGGUUUCUGCGGUGAUUUCCCAACAGUGGCGGACCAUCACAAUCUUGGCACAUCGCGGGCAGGGUUCGUGCUUUAAUUUCCAAGCAGGAGCCUGAGACGCACCAUCCUUUCAAAACCUCCUCUAUUCCGGCAAUACAAUCCCAGUCGACAACCAUGAGUGGCGUUGCAGUUAUUGUCACGUUUAUCCUGUUUGCAAUUGCGGGUGGCGUCGGGUUCUACUUCAUCCCCAAAUCACCAGACCAAGUUCUUUACAGAACAGUCCUAUCGCUGACAUUAGCCUGUACCUGGACAAUGUGGGCAUUAACGUAUCUCGCACAACUGAACCCGCUCAUUGUACCAGAACGUAGCUAUGGACAUCAUAAUUCAACACAUGAUGAGCACUGAGAUUGAUGAUAUGGGAAGGAGUGUGCUGUGUGGUUGAGGUUGAGAUGACUUGUGCCUCAAUUGGUAUUUCUUUAAUAAUGACUUGAAUUGUGAAAUGCAUAGAACGAUA